UCAAAUGAUAACUACAGCAUUUUAAAUUAUUUUAUAAAAAGAAAAUAAGUUGAAAACUUCAAAUCAUAUUUAGGUUGUAUAGAAAAGUUAUUGGAAAAUUAUUUAUGAAAAUACGUGUUUAUAUCAAUUUGAGGUUAUGUUUAAAUUUCCAAUAGCAUACAAUAAUUAAUAAAAAUGCUUCUAAAAUAUUUAAUGGGACGGUUAUAUCACCGUAAAAAAAUUUACCUCGUAGUUAAUGAAAGGUAUUACAAACCGAACUUUAAUACGAGAAAUUUCAGUGGUACAAAGUGCAUAGAAUCAUGUAACAAGAUACCCAAAUAUAGCUUUGAAUUACAGGCAAAGUUUUUGCAAACUACAACAUACUCAGUAUUCUUGCAACACAGAAAAUGGAUUUCCAAAGGAUUAUUAGGUGAUAUAUUUGUCAAAGAAAAUAGUGAGAUUAAAAGAGAUGUAACAAAUGUAAAUGAAAUUUUUAAACAACCCCGAGUGACAUUAAAUGAGCUUGCAGCAAAGAGUGGUCAAAAAGCGUUUGACAUAUAUUAUAAACAAACUGUGGUUUCCCCAAAGGGUAGUAAGAGGAAACCGGUACCAAAUGACUGGACCUGCACAUACUCUUUUGUUUGGCCUGAAAAAGCAAAGUUUGAAAGUACAGCUGUAUCAAAAAGACUGGCUGCAGAAAAAGCAGCUACCCAAGCUCUACAAUGGCUUUACAAGAAUGGUAGAAUUGAUGACAAAGGUACACCAGUACAUGACAAAGAUGUGGUGCAGGAUUUGCGCAGUACUCUAAAUAUACCUUUGCACAUAAGUUUAAGUGACAAUUCUGUGGAUAGAAUUAAUAGAAUAUGGAAUGACUAUGAGACAGAAAUAAAAAACCUGUAUGAGGCAACUUUUAGAGAAGCAAAGCAGAAAUUAAUGAAUGUGAAUUCUGAAUCAAUUUUAACUAAAGAUUCAACAAUUGAUGAUCAGGAUUAUACAGAUGAUAUGGUAGAAAAUGGAUCCAACAAACUCGAGGAUACUCACGAUCAUCAAUCUAAAAUGCAUCCUAUAUUCGGCAAGCAAAUAAUACGAGGAUCGCCAUCACUUAUAAUGCGGCGUGAGCGAAUGCUUCAACAGACUUUUAGCGAGUACGACGAGAAACUCACGCCUCUGCCUAUAGACCAGUACGCCGAACAGAUAACCUCGACACUCGAGAAGUCUCGAGUAGCCGUUAUAGUAGGCGCGGCAGGGUGUGGCAAAUCUACGCGUGUUCCGGCAGCAAUUCUCAGACACUGUGGUGUUCAAACUGCCGCCAUAGUGUCUGAACCGCGAAGAGUAGCUGCUAUAGGUCUAGCCCAAAGGGUAGCUGACGAACUAGGUGAAGAUGUGGGAGAAUCUGUUGGCUACCAAGUACGUCUUCAUGCGAAAUUACCUCGUCCACCCGGCGGUGCGAUAUUGUAUUGCACAUCCGGAGUUUUAUUGCGUAGGCUACAACUCGAUCCUGGUCUAGAAGGUUGCACACACGUCUUCAUUGAUGAGGCGCACGAAAGAGAUGUUAAUACAGAUGUCACUUUACUGUUAUUGAAGCGAGCCCUUGAUAUUAAUCCAGAUUUAAAGAUAAUUGUUAUGAGCGCUACAUUGGAUACUGCUGUUUUUACGAGGUAUUUCGACGAAUGCCCCGUUGUAGAAGUACCGGGAAGAACAUUUCCAGUAGAUAUCACGCAUUUGCAAGAAAUUCAGAAGAAACUAAACGUACGACUGCCUUUAUCUUUAGAGAAUUCUGCUAAAGUAGAUGGGAGACCACAUAUCAUCUGUCAAGAGGUGGUAGAUGUUAUAAAAGCUGUCGAUAAAAGCCAAUCAGAGGGGGCAAUGCUGGUGUUCCUCCCAGGUUGGGCGGAAAUCAAGCAAACAAAACUGUUACUAGACGUUUGUUUUAAAAAUUCCGCUCAACAUAUCGUAUUGCCUGUCCAUUCCAGAUUAUCAACCACAGAGCAAACAAAAAUGUUCUCAAAACCGCCGCCUGGAGUACGCAAGAUAGUACUGGCAACAAACAUAGCUGAGACCUCUAUUACAAUACCAGACGUGGUCUACGUUAUAGACAGCGGGGCCCAUAAAGAAAAUAGAAUACGAGACGGCACUGGUACCGCGAGUUUGGAAACUGUUUGGGUAUCACAAGCAGGUGCCAAGCAGAGAGCUGGCCGCGCGGGAAGAGUGCAACCAGGUCAUUGCUAUAGAAUGUAUACCAAAGAAAAAGAAAAUGAGUUUGCUCCGCACACUACACCAGAGAUAUUAAGAAUUCCUUUAGAACAGACUGUAUUGGAUUGCAAGACGUACGCACCAGAUGAUAAGGUGGACGUUUUCUUGUCAGAAUUACCGGAGCCACCCAGCAAGCAAGCGAUUCGGUUCGCCGUAAACGAUUUGAUAGAUUUAGGAGCUCUAACACCCAGUGAACGUUUAACCCGACUAGGGGUAUUACUCUCAAUGAUGACAUUACACCCGCGUUUGGGACGCUGCGUUUUGAACGCGGCGCUCGUCGGCGGCGUUGUGGCCGCUGCUAACGUGGCCACGCACUGCUCCGAUAACGUCGAACUGUUUAGAAAUGCCGCUGAUAGGAGGGACGAGGUACGUGAAAUAAAACGAAAAUUCAGCGCGACUUCUGACCACGCGGCAUUACACUGGAUACAAGACGAGUUCGAGCAGAGGGUGGCGGAAAAGGGAUGGGAAGGGGUGGACCAAUGGUGCGAGCAAUACAGAUUGAGGAAAGAUAGACUCAGCUAUGUUAAGUCCGUAUCUAACCUCCAUAUGGAACAUCUUCUCAAAACUGGUCUAAUAGAGCAAACUACUGAGGUUGAGGAGCUGAACCGUUUCUCAGAGAUAGACGAACUUACAGCAGCUGUUUUACUGUCUGGUUCUAAUGCUUUACUGGUCACUAAGAAAUACGUUAGGACUAAGGGAAAACUGAUGACUGUCGUCGAUCUGUUUACUAGCAAAGGUGACAGAGCUCACAUUGGAAGCGAGAGCGUAAACUAUGGUUUAACGAAGCGUAAAAACAAUACGCAACUGUUAACCUACUUUGGCGGUUAUCACUCCGUAGAACGGCGAGCUUUGGUUGUCUAUAAGACAUCUCUGAUACCUCCUCAUACUGCUUUACUUUUUUGUAUGGGACAGAUUUCAAAGGACAUUGUGGAUGGGAGCAACGGAGAAGUAACUGAAAUGCAUCUACCGAGACACAAGCUCAAAAUUCAAGUACCUACUAGUCAAGCCGAACAGUUUCUACGAGCCAGGGAAAUGCUAUGGAAUACGUUUCAAUAUUACAUAGAGAGAGACCUCAGUAAGACCCAUUAUGAUGACGUCACAAAAGUGUCAAGGUUCAAGGCCAGACUCAUUAAAGCACUUGGAAGAAUAUUAGUGGAAGCGGUUGAAAAUCAACAAAAUACUAGUAGUAGGUAAUAUUUAAAUAAAACAAAGUAUUCAUACAA